AUGGCGCACAAUUACGUUGUGACUGCCCAGAAACCGACGGCUGUUACCGCUUGCGUGACCGGCAACUUCACAUCCUCGAGUGAUCUGAACCUUAUCGUGGCCAAAAAUUCACGGUUGGAAAUUUACCUAGUAACACCCGAAGGAUUGCGCCCUCUUAAGGAAGUUGGAAUAAAUGGCAAAAUAGCAGUAAUGAAAUUGUUCCGCCCGGCGGAGGAAACGAAAGAUUUAAUAUUCAUUCUAACACAUCGAUACAACGCAAUGAUUCUGCAGUGCUCGGUCCAGGGCGAUGACAUCGAAAUCAUCACUAAAGCGCACGGAAAUGUGGCGGAUCGAGUCGGCAAACCAGCCGAGACGGGCAUCCUGGCGGUCAUCGACCCGAAGGCUCGUGUUAUCGGAAUGAGGCUGUACGAGGGAUUGUUUAAAAUUAUUCCACUCGACAAGGAAACCAGUGAACUGAAGGCUACGAGUUUGCGGAUGGAAGAGAUGAACGUGCAAGAUGUAGAGUUCCUGUACGGCGCGACACACCCCACGUUGAUUGUCAUUCAUCAGGAUAUUAAUGGGCGACACAUCAAGACGCACGAGAUCAACCUAAAAGAUAAGGAAUUUACUAAAAUUGCCUGGAAGCAGGAUAACGUAGAAACAGAAGCUACGAUGCUGAUCGCGGUCCCAAUGCCGCUCGGCGGGGCCAUAGUGAUCGGUCAGGAAUCGAUCGUUUACCAUGAUGGUGAUAGCUACGUGGCCGUUGCGCCUGCCAUCAUAAAACAGAGCACGAUAAAUUGCUACGCUAGAAUCGAUAGCAAGGGUUUGCGAUACCUGCUCGGCAAUAUGGCCGGAAAUUUGUUCAUGAUGUUUCUUGAAACGGAGGAAAACGCUAAAAAACAAACGACAGUUCGCGACAUAAAGGUAGAGCUACUUGGGGAAAUUACCAUUCCGGAGUGCAUCACGUAUCUCGACAAUGGUGUGCUGUUCAUUGGCUCGAGGCAUGGCGAUUCGCAGCUUGUAAAAUUGAACACUACCGCGGGAGAGAACGGCGCAUACGUGAUGCUAAUGGAAACGUUCACAAACUUGGCCCCAAUCUUGGACAUGUGUGUUGUGGACUUGGAGCGCCAAGGCCAGGGACAAAUGAUCACCUGUUCGGGUAGCUUUAAAGAGGGCUCGUUGCGCAUCAUACGUAACGGGAUCGGCAUUCAAGAACAUGCCUGCAUCGAUUUGCCCGGCAUCAAAGGCAUGUGGGCGCUGCGUGUUGGCAUCGAUGAUUCACCCUAUGAUAAUACGCUCGUUCUUUCGUUCGUGGGCCACACGCGCAUCCUGACGCUGUCAGGCGAGGAGGUUGAAGAGACAGAGAUUGCCGGCUUUCUAAGUGACCAACAAACGUUCUAUUGUGCAAACGUUUUGCACGGUCAGAUAUUGCAAGUUACACCGGGAUCGGCGCGCUUGAUAUCGUGCGAAAAUAAAUCCAUGAUCUGCGAAUGGAAACCACCGGAUGAUAAACGCAUCGGCGUAGUGGCAGCGAAUUCAACGCAAGUCGUCUGCGCCACGGCUCGAGACAUUCAUUAUCUCGAGAUUGGCGACGGAAAACUGGAACACCGGACGAAGAUAAAACUGGAUUAUGAGGUUGCCUGUCUGGACAUUUCGCCGCUGGACGAAGAGGCGAACCAAGCGGAGUAUGUGGCCGUCGGCUUAUGGACAGAGAUUUCGGCGUGUGUACUGCGACUUCCAACGCUGGAGUUCCUGCAUAAGGAAAAGCUGGGAGGAGAAAUUAUUCCUCGAUCGAUAUUGAUGGCUGCCUUUGAAGGGAUUAACUAUCUACUGUGUGCGCUUGGUGAUGGAUCCAUGUUUUACUUCGUACUAAACAAAUCAUCCGGAACACUCACGGAUCAGAAGAAGGUAACCCUUGGCACGCAACCCACAAUACUGAAAACGUUUCGCUCGCUAUCAACGACAAACGUGUUCGCCUGCUCCGAUCGGCCGACGGUCAUCUACAGCUCUAACCACAAGCUUGUUUUUUCAAACGUCAACCUGAAAGAAGUGAAUCAUAUGUGUUCGCUCAAUGCCGAAGCCUACCAAGAUUCACUGGCCCUGGCGACGAAAAAUUCGGUAAUUCUAGGCACAAUCGAUGAAAUACAAAAGUUACAUAUUCGCACCGUGCCACUCGGGGAAUCGCCGCGGCGAAUCGCAUACCAAGAAGCAUCGCAAACAUUUGGCGUCAUCACGUACCGCAUGGAUAUGCAGGAUUCGAGCGGACUGACGCCAUCCCGCCAAAGUGCUUCGACACAGACAAGUAACAUUACGUCGUCGAGUAACAUGGGCUUGCUGAAACCAGGCGCCAGCAACACGGAAUUCGGACAGGAGGUUGAGGUGCACAACCUUCUUAUUAUCGAUGAAAACACCUUCGAAGUGCUGCACGCGCAUCAGUUCAUGCAGACCGAAUACGCACUGUCACUUAUGUCGGCCCGGCUUGGCAAUGAUCCGAACACGUACUACGUUGUCGGUACCGGGCUGGUUAAUCCGGAGGAGCCGGAACCGAAGGUCGGUCGCAUCAUCAUCUACCGGUACUCGGAGAACGAGCUCACGCAAAUCAGUGAAAAGGAGAUAAAAGGCGCCUGUUACUCGUUGGUAGAGUUUAAUGGUCGGGUGCUGGCCUGCAUCAACUCGACUGUGCGACUAUUUGAGUGGACUGACGAUAAGGAUCUUCGGUUGGAAUGUAGCCAUUUCAACAACGUGCUGGCGCUUUACUGCAAAACAAAAGGCGAUUUUAUACUGGUUGGCGACUUGAUGCGCUCGAUAACGCUGCUACAGUACAAGCAAAUGGAGGGAAGCUUCGAGGAGAUAGCACGUGACUACCAGCCGAAUUGGAUGACAUCAGUAGAGAUACUGGACGAUGAUGCUUUUCUCGGAGCGGACAACAGCAGCAAUUUGUUCGUUUGCCUCAAGGAUAGUGCGGCCACUACAGACGAGGAGCGCCAAAUGAUGCCUGAAGUGGCCCAGUUUCAUCUCGGUGAUCUGGUGAAUGUUUUUCGUCAUGGUUCGUUGGUUAUGCAAAACAUUGGCGAACGAACAACGCCAACCAGCGGCUGUGUGCUGUUUGGCACAGUUAGCGGCUCGAUUGGACUGGUAACACAGAUCCAGAGCGAGUUCUACGAGUUUCUGCGCAAGCUGCAGGACAAUCUGACUAACACAAUCAAGUCAGUAGGCAAGAUCGAUCACGCGCUGUGGCGGAGUUUUCACACGGAGAUGAAAACGGAACGCUGUGAGGGAUUUAUCGAUGGCGAUUUGGUGGAAAGUUUUUUGGACCUUAAUCGCGAAAAAAUGCGUGAAGCGGCUCUUGGUCUCGAGAUUGACGUUAAUGGGUCCAAGCGGGAGGCCACCGUUGAUGAUAUCAUCAAAAUUGUGGAAGAUCUAACGAGAAUACAUUAACUCUGCUAUCAAUAACGCUGAACGGUGAACUUGUGGAAGAUAAUAUGUAUUUUUUUCGCGUACAUUUACGUGCUUUCGUCGCUCUAUGGAAAGGGACUGA